UGACACGCUAAGAGGAUCAAGGGAUAGCUUGUGGUGUGGUUUGUGGCCGAUGUCAGUGGACAGACGUGUAUGUCCGCCAAAGGCUCGUAAGUUGUGACGCGAAAGUGCACCGGAUUGGGUUUGUGCUGGGAACCUUUUUGGCCCAAGUUCAAGACCAAAGGGCCUGCAUCCAUCUGUCUGACAACCGGUGCCGGGUCUGUAUAGCUGGGCUGCCCGCGGGCGCACACUUCUUUCUACAGGCAGGGGCCCGCCAUCUGAAGGAGAGAUAGACUCCUUACGUUCGGUAUCGGUGACAGGAUACUUCAUUCCAUAUGCCUGGAUUGUAGCGCCGACCUCGCACAGCGUACAGAUCCUGAGCACCGUUAUCACCGCCAGGGCGACUGGCUGUCACCGCGCCACGCCGCCACGCCGCAAGUCUCCCCAAAGACAGUUGCCAUGGCAUUAGUCAAUCACAGGAUGGAGUGGCCGCCCUCUACUGCACUGUGGCUGACCAGCCUCCUCCUGCUGACCACCUGGGCGCACGCCUGCCCACUGCCAUGUAAAUGUACGGGUACAACAGUCGACUGCUCCGAGCUGGAGCUGGACACUAUCCCCGAUGACGUCCCGAGAAACACAACCGAACUUUUCCUGUGUGGAAACAAGCUGACGAGUAUUCCAGCCGGAAAAUUCUCAGGCUUAGCGAACUUGACUGUCCUUUAUGUGGACAGAAAUCAGAUAACAGACGCAGGCUUGUCCAGAAAUGCUUUCCAGGGUUUGAGAUCACUGAAGGAACUCCACCUGACGAACAACUCACUUACUGCAGUUCCCCAGGCGCAACUGAAGGCGGUAACGCGAGAGCUGGUCUACCUGGAUCUAUCCGAAAACAGCAUUUCACAAAUUCCUAAGGGUGUCUUCUCCUCUUUACGGAGUUUACGGGAGCUGAAGCUUCGGAAGAUCGGGCUUCGGGAGGUAUUUCCGGAAUCCUUCAGUGGGAUGAACAGGCUAGAGAUCCUGAACCUGGAGUACAACGACCUGGCCGUCUUUCCCAGCGAAGCCCUCCAGCGCCUGCCGUACCUUCGCCGCCUGGUCGUCAGAGGCAACCCGAUAUCCGAGCUUCCCCCGGCUGCCCUGGAGGGCGUGCCGGCUAUCGAGUACCUGGACGCACGUAACAUGCACCUGAAGACUCUGACAAGAGGAGUGUUCACCAACCUGCCUCACCUCGCCUCCAUCUUCUUGUCAGGUAACACCAUGUUACAGACAAUCGACAAAAACGCCUUCCUCACGUUGGGAAGACUGAAGACGCUUGCCAUCGAUGACUGCGGACUGGAGACUCUGGACGAGUUCACGUUCAAGCAGGUCCCGUCCCUGUACGUGGUGACGAUGCACGACAACCAGUGGAAGUGUGACGAGAGGAUGUGCUGGCUGCGGGACUGGAUGCUGUCCACGCGCGUGCACAUCCCCUACAUGGCCAACAUCUCCUGCUUCCUUCCCGAGCGGAACGGCGGCAGGUCCCUCAUCACACUCACCAGUCACGACUGUGAGGAAGACAGCGAUGACGUGGACCUCAAGGUAAAGACUAAAGCUCAAACCACCGAGGGGGAUACAGACAGCAAGGGAGGCAACGACGAUAUGACAGAUGAAGAAGACUUCGACACAACGAAAAUAGAAGAGUUGGAUGAGCGGUCUUUCAUCGUAGGAGAAUCAGUUACGUACUACCGCGGGAGCAGUCGGAAGAAGUGUCCCCGGGGGUGUAAAUGUAAGAAAAGGUACGUGGACUGCAGCAGACUUGGCCUGGACAAAGUCCCGGAUAACAUUCCUCGCAGGACGACCCGUCUAUACUUGAACAAUAAUAACAUUACGAGCAUCCCCAGAGGGGCAUUUAGGUACCUGAAUAACCUGAAGGUUCUGGAGUUACAAAACAACUUCAUCACAAGCGAAGAACUGGCCGAUCACGCUUUUGACGGGUUGAAAAACCUGAAGGGAUUGUACAUGACCAAUAACCUGUUGACCGAGGUGCCCAUGUACCUCUCAGGUGUGUCUUAUCAACUGAAAUACCUGGAUCUCUCCGGAAAUCCCCUCGGCAAUGUGCCUUCGGGAAUUUUCCGAGGGUUUAAGAUGUUGAAGGAGUUGUGGCUUAGAGGAGUUGGCAUAUCAUCUUUGAAGAAGGGCACGUUCCGUGGAAUGAGAAAUCUGGAGGGUCUUUAUCUACAGUACAACAACCUCAAGAAAGUCCCAAAUGAAGCUCUAAGGCACAGGACAAAUCUCAAGAGACUACAUUUACGCGGCAAUCCGAUCGCUGACUUGGAUGAAAGGUCUUUCAAGGGACUUUCCUCUCUUGAAUAUCUUGACUUGGGGUACACCAAGAUGAUGGAUCUGAACGAAUGGUGCUUCUACAAACUGCCAAACCUCGAGACACUCGUCCUCUCUGGAAACCUGAAUCUCACGACGAUCCACAAGAACACGUUCUCACGCCUGGGCAACCUGAAGUUCCUGAAGCUUCAUGAAUGUGGCCUGAAGCGCCUGGAGCCAGACUUUCUGGAGGUGAUGCCGAUGCUGGAGUGGAUUUCCUUGUACGAGAACCCGUGGCGGUGCGACUCUACCAUGUGCAAGCUGAUGAGGUGGAUGGAGACAACGUCAGUGAGCAUUGCCAAUGUGGACAAAAUCAAGUGCUCUACACCAGAACACAUGAAGGGUACAGCCAUAACGCGGUUAAUGGACGCUCCUGAAGCGGUUCAGAUGUGUCAGGACGUACCGGUGAGUCCCAACGAGAUUCCCGGAGGUGGCAUUGACGUCAAACCGGACCCAAAUGUAGUACCGCCCACUGGCGGAUGCCCACUGAAGUGCAGAUGUUACGGGAACAUCGUGGACUGCGCAGACAGAAGUUUGAAGAGUGUUCCUGACGGCAUUCCUGCCAGCACUGAGAGGCUGCAUCUUCAGAACAACAUGAUCACAAACAUCCCCGAAGGCUCCCUGUCGGGCUUGGAGGCGUUGAAGUUCUUGCACCUUGAGAACAAUGACCUUACUCUACAGGGCUUGCCGCAGGGGUCUCUAAGCGCUCUGCCCAACCUGGAGGGUCUAUACCUUGCUAACAACAAGUUUAAGGCUAUUCCACCCGUCGUAAUGAGGAAUCUGGCUUACAGCCUAAAGCACCUCGACAUUUCCAACAACCCCAUCGGAAACAUCGCGCCUGGAACGUUCGACGACUUCCAGAACCUGAUGGAACUGAUGAUGACGAGAACCGGCAUGACGGAAAUAUACGAGGGCUCGUUCUCUGGCUUAAAAAAGGUGCAGCGUCUAUACCUGGCCUUUAAUAACGUGACGACCAUCCCAUACUGGGAGAUAGAGGACAUGCAUGAUCUGAAAGAGUUCUGCAUCGCAGGGAAUCCCAUCACGGACAUUUACGAGGAUGCUCUGAAUGACGACAUCGGUGUUGAGUACAUCGAUCUCAGCAGCACCAUGAUUUCUUACAUCCCAGAACGCGCUUUUGUGAAAAUGCCAAGCCUCAGCACCAUCCUCCUCACGGGCAACAAGAAACUAACCCACAUCCACGAGGGCAGUUUGAAAUACUGUCCCAACCUGAAGUCAGUCGCCAUUAGCAACUGCAUGCUAAAAUGGCUAGACCCGGCCAUAUUCAUGGGUGUGUCGUCUCUGUCAUGGGUUGCUCUACAUGAUAACCCAUGGGUGUGUGACCGGUGUGUAGCCGGGCUCGCUCAGUGGAUGAAUCAAACCCAGGCUUACAUACCUUACCGGAACAGGGUGACGUGCCAAGGCCCCGCAAGUUUGCAGGGAACAACUGUGGAUGAUCUUGAGGUGGACUCCCUCCAAGUAGGUCAGUGUGACAAGCCAGAGGAGAUGCCAGACAAGCCCAGACCACAACCGCCGCCGUAUCCGGGAGUCAUUGACAGCGUCACGGAUGCACCAGAGGUCAUCCCCACACCGGUACCUGAGCGGCCAACGACCGGCGUGACGUUGGACGGUUGCCCGAGCGCGUGCGAAUGUUACGAGCUGACGGUGAACUGCGCAGAUCUGGGGCUCACAGAGAUUCCAGCCGACAUCCCUGCUGCCACGGAGCGACUGUACCUCAACAACAACCAGAUCUCUGACGUCCCAGCGAACGUCUUCAUCGGGCUAGCUGCACUCGAAUUUCUUCAUCUUGAAAACAACAAAAUCACAGACGAUGGUAUCAAGGAGAGCUCGUCUAGCGGUUUGCCUCUUCUUGAGGGUCUAUACCUGUCCAACAACCUUCUUAGGCAGUUCCCUACGAUUCCUACGGACUUGGCGGAAGGUCUUCAGCGUUUUGACAUCUCAGGCAACCCGAUUCGCGCUCUGCCAGCAGGAACGUUCUAUGGCUUCUCCAACCUGAGGGAUCUCUUCGCCCGUCGAAUCGGCCUCACAGAGAUGCAGACCAACUCGUUCUUCGGUCUCGACAGUUUGGAAACUUUGUAUCUUGAGUACAACGAGUUAACCGUCAUACCCACCAUGGCCCUCCAGAAUCUACGAAAUCUCAAGAAGUUGUACCUCCGUGACAACAAGGUGACCGACUUGACUGAAAAAGCAUUCUUCGGACUGGACUCACUGGAACUACUCGAUUUGCGGUACAUGCUGCUGUCGAACAUACACGAGAUGGCUUUCGAAGGAGCGAAAAGUCUGAUGUCCGUAUUACUAGCCGGCAACGAGCGGCUUCAGGCUCUUCCUCGCAAUGUCUUCAGUGGCCUCCCUGAGUUACAAGUAAUCCAACUCAACAACUGCGGGUUUGAGUCGAUAGACGGUGGUAUCUUUGCCGACAUCCCCAGCCUGCAGAGCCUGACUCUCCAGGAGAACCCGUGGAGUUGCGAGGCGGCGCUGUGCUCGCUCAGACGGUGGAUGGAGACCAGCGAAGUGCGGAUUGAGGCUCGCGACAGGAUCGCUUGCUACAUGCCGGAGUCCCUCCGUGGGCAGACCGUGGACUCUCUCAGCACGGCCUCCCUGUGCCAGGGGCUGCCGCCGCCGGAAUCGUCAACUGGCGCUCCGGACAGGGAUCUGGUCACAGACAGUGAGACACCCGAGAAGACAGAGGCGCCUCCUGUUAGACCAUUGACAACCCAGGAAGAACGAGUGACCACGCGCCCAACCCAGCCGACUCCGACGCGGCCAAUGGUGACGGAAGGACGACCGUACCCACCUGUAGGGACCGAGAGACCGCCUGUCCAACCAGGGACAGUGCCAUGUCCGUCCAAAUGUUCCUGUAACAAUGACCUGGUGGACUGCGGCAAGGCCGGUCUGACGGAGAUUCCCUCCGACAUCCCGCCCAACACACAGCAUCUGUACCUGGACAACAACCUCAUCACAGAGAUUCCGGACGGAGUCUUCUCCAACCUCGCUCGUCUCCAGGUUCUGGAAAUCCAGUACAACAUGAUCACCAGUGAGAGGAUCGGCCGGCGCGCGUUUGACGGCCCUGCCAACAUGGUGUACCUGUACCUGACCGGGAACCGCCUGACACAGAUCCCGCUGGACCUGCCGGCAACGCUCGAGUACCUCUUCAUCGAAGAAAAUAACAUCACCGGUGUGCCCAGCGAUAGGCUGCAACAGUUCCAGGAGUCCGUGCCGUCCCUGACCUGGCUGUCCCUCCAUCAGAACCCGUACGAGUGCACCUCCGCCAGCAUGUGCGCGUUCCGCCGCUGGCUGUCCACUACUCGCGUCACCAUCCCCUUCAGAGAGAAAGUUGUCUGUAUGGAACCGAGCUCCCGACAAGGACGCCUGGUAGAAAACAUCUCCGAAGACGAGAUGUGCAGCGACGGAGUCACAGGAGUCGUCACAGAGCCGACAGACGAGAGGGAAGAGGAGAUGUCAGGUGACUUCCCAACGACCACAGAACCUUCGUUCCUCAUCUCGAGAACAACUUACCGCCCUCCGACAAGACCGCGUCCCAGAGCAACCCGACCGCCAUGGACAUCUAGCAGACCCCGCCCAACAUCCAGAGUGCCUACGGAGGGAGAGAUCUUCCCUGAAGCUGACGGUACGUGUCCCGAUGCGUGCCGGUGUGAGUACGAGUACGUGGACUGUAGCUAUGCUCAACUGAACGAAGUGCCAAGAAACUUGCCGUCCACCACGGAGCAUCUCUACCUCAACCACAACAAUAUCAAGUCCGUUCCAUCGAGGGUGUUUUCCAAUCUGAAAAGGCUCACAGUAUUGGAGAUGCAACAUAACCAGAUAACAAGUGAUCAGAUUGCAGAUGACAGCUUCGUCGGACUGGACAACCUUUUGUACCUGUUUUUGUCCAAGAAUCAGCUUACAGACCUUCCUGUCAAUUUACCGUACACACUACAAUAUAUAGAUCUGGACGGAAACCAGAUGCAGGCAGUCACAGACUCGAUUCUGUCCACUCUCAGCAACCAGCCAUCUCUGAACUGGGUUUCCCUGCAUGAGAACCCGUGGGCUUGCGACGCCAGGCUCUGUUUCCUCAGACAGUGGCUGGAUGAAACAGACAUGGAAGUUCCGAAUCGUGACAAAGUCUUGUGCGCCUCCCCGUCCUACCGUCGCGAGCAGCCCGUCGGCGGCUUUACCGUGGAAGAGAUCUGCGACACGGUGCCGGAAGCAGUGACAACAGAAGAACCGCGACAACCAGAACCAGAGAGGCCUAAGGCGCCGAUCGUACCCGAAGAAGGUUCUGCAGAGGGAUCGGGAGAUUUAAACCCCAUAGUAAAAACCCCUGAUCGCCCUGAUGUUCCCAUCUUCCCAGACCUGUAUUUCCCUACCUUCCCUCCAGUUCAGGGGAGGCAGAGAACUACUGUGGCGCCUGAGAGAACAACCAUUGCUGACUAUGACGAGGAAGACACCGGGGAAGACACAUGUCCAGACAGCUGCCGGUGUAUCGAAGGUUAUAUUGAUUGUGGCUACCAAGGUCUUAUCGAAAUCCCUCCCAAUCUCCCUGCAAACGCUUGGCAUUUGUAUCUCAACAAUAACAACAUCACGUCCAUCCCAGCGGGGAUUUUCAGACGCCUGUCAAACCUACGGGUUCUGGAACUUCAGAACAACGAGAUUGUGAGUGAGAAUAUCGCCAGCGAAGCCUUCAGCGGAAUGGAUAACCUCCUCUACCUGUACAUGUCCAAUAACCUGCUGACAGACGUGCCAAACAACAUGCCGAACAGUCUGGAGUAUGGCUACUUUGACUAUAACCAGAUAGGUAGCAUCUCCGAGGCUUCUAUGGGGUGGAUACUCAACAAAAAUCCGUCCUUGCAACUUAUUGCUCUCAACGACAACCCGUGGAGCUGUGACUUCCGCCUGUGUCCCUUGGUCAGUUGGAUCGAGAACAGCUUAGUCUACGUGCCUGACAUAGAUAGGACCCAGUGCUCCUCUCCAUCUAACCUGGCGGAAAGGAGCAUCGACAGCAUUGCAGAACUCUGUGAGCGACAGACACAAGGCGAGACGAAUUUGUUGCCAAGCGAACAGCCGGGUGCGUUCCUUGAACUUCCCUCUCCACGGCCGAGAGGGGGUCCGGCUAUCGACGGCGACUUCCAACCUGGACGACUAAACGGGGUGCCGACCGUACCCCCCACAACCACCGCCGCCGCCCCGCGCGCCACUGUGUGUCCGCUCGGCUGUACAUGCGACAACUACGGCUACGUGGACUGCAGCAAACUCGGCUUAACAAGUAUUCCAUCAGAUCUGCCACCUGAUACGAGACACCUUUACCUGGACGAUAACAGCAUCGCUAACAUCAAAGUAAAAGACCUGGCCAACGUACCACAGCUGAGGGUCCUGGAGAUCCACAACAACCUCGUCACCAACGACGGCAUCGAGCAAGGAGCAUUCAACGGGCUCCGCAAACUGGAGUACCUGUACCUGUCUGGGAACAGUUUGUCGUCAGUCCCGGUAGAUCUGCCCCCCACGCUGAAGUCCCUGUACCUGGACAAUAACUACAUCUCCACCAUCCCGCCCACGGCUCUGUCUCAGACUACCAACCUGGAGCGGCUCUACCUGGAGAACAACGCCCUGACAGACGACGGCAUCACCCCGGGUUCCCUGGCUGGAGUCACAAACCUCAAGUACCUCAUCCUGUCCCAGAACCGCCUCAGGUCGGUCCCGUCGGAGCUGCCCAAGUCACUAGAGGUCCUGUCACUGGAGGACAACAGACUCACGAAGUUACCGCCGUACAAGUUUUAUGAGCUACAGGACCUGGAAAGGCUGUACCUGAAUAACAACAGUCUUACUAACGACGGCAUCGCGGAUGAAGCAUUCGAAGGUAUGAUCAGUCUGGAGCGGCUGUACCUGUCCAAUAACAGCCUGAGCGCCGUUCCGUACAACCUGCCGCGGACGUUACACCAACUGUUCCUGCAGGAUAACCGCAUCACGGCGCUAGAACCCUUCACGUUCUCCACCCUGCCGCAGCUCAAGCGUCUGUACCUCAGAGGCAACCGGCUCACAGAUAACAAAGUCGCCGACCAGGCGUUUGAUGGUCUGGGAGACUUGCAGUUGCUCGACCUGUCCAAAAACAACCUGACCUCCAUCCCUGAUGACAUGCCGAGGAGUCUGCAGAAACUUUACCUGGAAGGUAACGAGCUGUCUACACUACCUCUGGGGGCCUUCAAGAAGGUGGGCUCCCUGACUGAGCUGGACUUGAGUAACAACCUCCUGCGCACAUCGGGACUUCACCCCACGGCGUUCUCGUUCCUCCCGCAGCUGGAGACGCUGGACAUGUCGGAGAACCUGCUGACCCUCCCACCGGACAACCUGCCGAAUGGACUCAGAUAUCUCUUCCUGCAGAGUAACGACCUGACCGCCAUCAAGCGCGACGCCUUCACCCAGCUCAACAACCUGAAGUGGCUGUACCUGCAGAACAACCGCAUCACGGACGACAAGAUCGAGAGCGGCGCGUUCGAACUCCUCCUGGAGCUGUACAGCCUCGACAUGUCCGCCAACUAUCUCACCGAGGUCCCCAGAAACCUGCCCGACUCCCUCGAGUACCUGUACCUGAAGGACAACGACAUCGGGCGCAUCCCCGGGGACGCCUUCUCCAACACGCCCAAGCUGCGGCUGCUCCAGCUGGCCAACAACUUACUAACGGACGGCGGGAUCGACAGGAAGGCGCUGGCGGACCUGCAGCACCUGCGCACUCUGGACUUGUCUGGCAACUUUGUGACGUCAGCACCACUCGGAGUGUCCGAAGAGCAAGUGGAAAUAACACUAUAGGGUUCAGUCAAGUUAUAGCAAAUCUCCAAAUACCGCCGGACAAAAGAAAAGACACCCCUAUGACUCGUCUGCAUGGGAAAUUUGAAAGAAUUGUAUAUAAAUGCGACAUAACGUGACGGCUGUUCUGACGUCGGCCAUGGCAUUCAAGCUUCUAUGAAACGUUAUGUGGGUCAUUUAGAGUCCAAAUUGAAAGGAAAUCUCUAGGGUACAGAUCAACACUAAUACACGUAACGGGUAUAAAAGAGACUGAAAGGCAGACAUUGCUUGGUUUGUUACGUUGGGGACAUUUAUCCCCCAGGUAGUGUGUAGGGGAUAGUCACCUGAGUUCUGACACUUGUAAAGUCUGACUAGAGGUUGAUCCAAGCUAGAUGUCAGACAGACCUCAAAUACAUACUGCUUGUGUUUUGUACAAUAUAGGUUAGGAGGUUUUGUACCUCAGGUCCCGUUCGUAUAUUCCCUUUGGCUAAUGAAUGUUACGCCUUAUAGAGUAGAUUUUAUCGUUCUAAUUUUUUUGUGCUGAUAGAACAGACUUAGCUUACGUACCUGUGUAAUGAAGUAUACUAGUAAUCCUCGGUAGAGAUAACUUGUUAGAAUUUCGUGGAUUGCAAAAAUACAGAAAUAGAGACAGAAACCUGUGCUGAAAUAAUCUGUGCUGACUUCUGUUCUUCGCAAUUCGGUUCUGUAGAAGUAAAGUGAGCGAAGAGAUGAGGAAUGACCUUUUCUUAAUAUCUGUAAAAUUGAUUAAUCAUUUAAAGCGUAUGGGUCAGUGGUACAUGUAGACGUAGAAAUAUGAUAUUUGUUCUAUGAUAUUGGAAAUAUCUUUGGACACGUCUAAAAAGUAAGGUUGAUGAAUGUUCAAUAUUAUAUGAUGUUUUCAUAUCUACUGAUUGAAAACGCUGUUUUUCUUACAUUUAGUGUAAGACAACAUGAAGACAGGAAUUUUUAUCAUGUUCGGCAAUAUAUUGGCGUAUAUAUAAGUAUAAGGACAUGUAGGUGACUAGAGCUCGGUAUGUAUGUGUUAUAUUUAAGUUGGGCACAGUACUAAUGUGGAAUGUAAAGUGAUGUUGAUUGUUGUUUUAUGGUCAACAGCGGUAAUUCUGUAAAUACACACGCGUACGAUCUCUGAAAUCGGAAAUAAAGUCAUGAAGGGCUAUUUCGUCU